GCGAGUUGGCCUCGGGGGGUCGUUAACGCUGCGGGGGUGCCGUGCGGGUGACUGUCGCUUGCUGCCGGGCGAGGGACGCGUGUAGGGUUCUGUUGCGUCACUUGCACAAAAUGUGCAGGAUUUUCAAAUAUUGUGCCCAGGAACUGUCAUUGCUCGGGCUGUGGGGGAGGAGUGUGUGUGUGGGGUGCGUGCUCGGGCCGUGUGCGGUGGGGGAGGUGUCAGGCCAUGUUGGUUGGUGUGUGUGUGCUUGGGCUGUGUUGGUUGGUGUGUGUGUGUGCUUGGGCUGUGUGGGGUGGGUUGUGUGUCUCUGGCCGUAUGGGUUGGGGGGGUGUGCUCAGGCCGUGUGGGGUAGGAGAUGUGUGUCAGGUCGUGUGGGUUGGAGUGUGUGUGUGUGCUUGGGCUGUGUGGGGUGGGUUGUGUGUCUCUGGCCGUAUGGGUUGGGGGGGUGUGCUCAGGCCGUGUGGGGUAGGAGAUGUGUGUCAGGUCGUGUGGGUUGGAGUGUGUGUGUGUGCUUGGGCUGUGUGGGGUGGGUUGUGUGUCUCUGGCCGUAUGGGUUGGGGGGGUGUGCUCAGGCCGUGUGGGGUAGGAGAUGUGUGUCAGGUCGUGUGGGUUGGAGUGUGUGUGUGUGCUUGGGCUGUGUGGGGUGGGUUGUGUGUCUCUGGCCGUAUGGGUUGGGGGGGUGUGCUCAGGCCGUGUGGGGUAGGAGAUGUGUGUCAGGUCGUGUGGGUUGGAGUGUGUGUGUGUGCUUGGGCUGUGUGGGGUGGGUUGUGUGUCUCUGGCCGUAUGGGUUGGGGGGGUGUGCUCAGGCCGUGUGGGGUAGGAGAUGUGUGUCAGGUCGUGUGGGUUGGAGUGUGUGUGUGUGCUUGGGCUGUGUUGGUUGGUGUGUGUGUGUGCGUGCGCAUGCUUGGGCCAUGUGUGUUGGGGUGUGUGUGUGCUCAGACUGUGUGGGGCAGGCUGUGUGUGUCAGGCCAUGUCAGCUGGGGUAUGUGUGUGUUUGGGCACUGUGGGGCGGGGUGUGUAUGUCAGGCUGUGUGGGUUGGGGUGUAUGUGUCAGGCCUUGUAAGGCGGGGGAGGGGUGUCAGGCCAUGUGUAUUGGAGUCUGUGUGUCAGGCCAUGUGAGGCGGGGCGCGUGUCAGACCGUGUAAGGUGGGGUGUGUGUGUCAGGCCAUGUGUGUUGGG